AUGGAUUCGAACGAUCUGCAGAGACAGGGAUCCGACAGCGAGGCGGGCGAGGGUCUCGGUUCGCCGGCUAAAUGCAUCGAAAGCCUGCCCGUCGAGAUCCAGCGGCAAAUCAUGUUCUGCCUCCCCAGCCUGGCAUCUCUCGGCGCUAUAAUCCGCGCGUCCCCAAUAUUCUAUUCCCUAUUCCAGAGCGAGCCGAAGAACUUCAUCGCGAACUGUCUGAUACUUGGUCUCGGGGAUGCGUUCCUCGACGCGUCCACGGCGCAGGCCGCCAUGCAGGACGACUUUCAGAGGCAACGCCGCGACGCGAUGAAGAUGCGUCGUGAGUCCAGCAUAGUGUGGCCCUUCCUGGAAUCCUACCGGAAGAAGGUGGAGGAGCUGCCCUGCAAUGCCUGGAUCCAUUCCAUCAGUCUGCCGGAAGCUGUUCAGAUGGCGACGUUCCACACCUCAACAGUUGAGCCCCUGGUGGAACAAUACACAUCCUGGGCUUUGGGAAACAUCGGCACGUCGGCUACAGUACCCGGCCUCAGCUGUACGGAGCGCAUGCGGAUUCAGAGAGCCAUGUACCGUUUCCAGAUACUGUGUGAUGUGUUCGGCAACAGGCUCAAGGACGACAACUUAUCGGCCAACCGACCAAGAAACCUGAGAUGUCUCCGAUUCCUCUCGAGGUACGAGCCUUGGGAGGUCGAGGAGAUCCUGUGCAUCAACGCUUUCUUCCAAGAGAAGUACGAGCAGAGGCUCUCGCAGGUCUCUGACGACCUCAACCCCAACAACGACAGACUUCACAGCCACUCACCACUCGGGGGCCCGGAAGAUGCGUUUGAUCUUGAACAAGCCCGCACGAGGUCUUUCUUCCGCAACUUCCUCGUGAGCCAGGGCCUUCCACUCCUGGCGUCGGUGUUGCCCAUCCAGGACCACGACGAGCUCGUGGAUACCCUAAGCGCCAACAUGCACCACUUCGUAUCGGACACGUGGCUCGACGACAUAACCGGGAACACCGACAUGCAUCAGAGGUGGGAGAGGUCCUAUUCGGAGCGUGAUGCCGCCCAGGACGAGGGUCGGCCGAUGACCUUCCGAGGAGACGACCUGGAUUCACCGCCGCUGGCGUGGGUUCUCAUCUGGAGCGAGGCGUAUAGCAACCUGUUUGGCAUUUUCAUUCCGAAGCAACUUCGUUUAUGGGGUUACAUCAUGUGGGAUGCACGGCGUUUGGAGGAGAGCGGUGCUAAGGAUGUGCUGAUGCAUGUCGACAUGUCAUCGAUACCCGAGCCUCGGUUCUUCACCGAAAAGCCCGACCCCGGGAAUUCGGUCCUCGUCAUGGAACUGCAGGCCAUCGUUCGAUAUGCUCACCAAUAG